AUGUACUGGCCCGCCCCCUUCGGCCGUGAUCUGACCAAGGAGGAGGCCUACAUCGCCAAGCUCGACGCCGGUACCGGUGCCUCGCUCAAGCUCACCGUGCUCAACGCCACGGGCCGCAUCUGGACCAUGGUCGCCGGUGGUGGUGCCUCGGUCGUCUACUCGGACGCCAUCGCCGCCCACGGCUACGCCCACGAGCUCGCCAACUACGGCGAGUACUCGGGUGCUCCCUCCGAGGGCCAGACCUUCGAGUAUGCCAAGACGCUACUCGACCUCAUGACCCGCGGCGAGGUCAACCCCCAGGGCAAGCUCCUCAUCAUCGGCGGUGGUAUCGCCAACUUCACCAACGUCGCCUCCACCUUCAAGGGCAUCAUCCGCGCCCUCAAGGAGUACAAGCUCUCGCUCGCCAAGCACGGCGUCCGCAUCUUUGUCCGCCGUGGUGGUCCCAACUACCAGGAGGGUCUCAAGGCCAUGCGCCUCCUCGGUGAGGACCUCGGUGUCGAGAUCCAGGUCUUCGGCCCCGAGACUCACAUUACCGACAUUGUGCCCCUUGCUCUCGGUGUCAAGACCUUCGAGGAGGUCACCCUCGCCUCGCAGCAGCAGAACGCCCUCCCCUCGGGCGCCCAGACCCCCGUCCACGGCGGCGCCAACGGCACCAAGGCCGAGGACAAGGCCAUCGGCACCGUCGACCACGCCACCGGCGAGCGUGUCCAGCCCCAGGACCAGAUCGUCCACUUUGGCGCUGGUGCCGCCGGCGAGCGCCCUGCCUACCGUCCCUUCGACGCCAACACCCGCUCGCUCGUCUUUGGUCUGCAGCCCCGUGCCAUCCAGGGCAUGCUCGACUUUGACUUCUCUUGCGGUCGUCAGACCCCCUCGGUCGCUGCCAUGAUCUACCCCUUCGGCGGCCACCACAUCCAGAAGUUCUACUGGGGCACCAAGGAGACGCUCCUUCCCGUCUACACCAGCAUCAAGGAGGCCGUCGCCAAGCACCCCGAUGCCGACGUGGUCGUCAACUUUGCCUCGAGCCGAUCCGUCUACUCGUCGACGCUCGAGGUGCUCGACUGCCCCCAGAUCCGCGCUCUUGCGCUCAUCGCCGAGGGUGUGCCCGAGCGCCACGCCCGUGAGAUCCUCCACCGUGCCGAGAAGGCCGGUGUGCUCAUCAUCGGCCCCGCCACCGUCGGUGGUAUCAAGCCCGGCUGCUUCCGUAUCGGCAACUCGGGUGGUAUGAUGGACAACAUCCUGUCGUCCAAGCUUUACCGCCCCGGUUCGGUCGGCUACGUCUCCAAGUCCGGCGGUAUGUCGAACGAGCUGAACAACAUCCUCUCGAUCACCACCAACGGCACCUACGAGGGUAUCGCCAUCGGCGGUGACCGUUACCCCGGCACCACCUUCAUCGACCACCUGCUCCGCUACGAGCAGGACCCCGAGUGCAAGAUGCUCGUCCUCCUCGGCGAGGUCGGUGGUAUCGAGGAGUACCGUGUCAUUGACGCCGUCAAGAAGGGCAUCAUCAAGAAGCCCAUCGUGGCCUGGGCCAUCGGCACGUGCGCCAAGAUGUUCACCACCGAGGUGCAGUUCGGCCACGCCGGUUCCAUGGCCAACAGCGACAUGGAGACCGCCUCGGCCAAGAACGCCGCCAUGAAGGCUGCCGGCUUCAUCGUGCCCGAGACCUUCGAGGACCUGCCCCAGGUGAUCCGCGAGGUGUACAACAAGCUGGUCGCCCAGGGUGUCGUUGUGCCCAAGCCCGAGCGCCCCGCCCCCGCCAUCCCCGUCGACUACAAGUGGGCGCAGGAGCUCGGCAUGGUGCGUAAGCCCGCCGCCUUCAUCUCGACCAUCUCGGACGAGCGUGGAUCGGAGCUCAUGUACUCGGGUGUCAAGAUCUCGGAGGUGUUCGAGUCGGGUAUGGGCAUCGGCGGUGUCAUCUCGCUGCUGUGGUUCAAGCGCCGCCUGCCGGACUACUGCACCAAGUUCAUCGAGAUGGCGCUCAUGCUCACCGCCGACCACGGCCCGGCCGUGUCGGGUGCGAUGAACACCAUCAUCACGUCGCGUGCCGGCAAGGACCUCAUCUCGUCGCUCGUGUCGGGUCUGCUCACCAUCGGUGACCGCUUCGGUGGUGCGCUGGACGACGCUGCCACCGAGUUCUCGAACGCCUUCGACCGCGGCAUGACCGCACGAGAGUUUGUGGACAGCAUGCGCAAGGGCAACAAGCUCAUCCCCGGUAUCGGCCACAAGAUCAAGUCGGUGUCGAACCCCGACUACCGUGUGCAGGUGGUCAAGGAGUUUGUGCUCAAGAACUUCCCUUCGCACAAGAUGCUCGACUACGCACUCGCCGUCGAGAAGGUGACGACGGCCAAGAAGGACACGCUGAUCCUCAACGUCGACGGCUGUCUCGCCGUGUGCUUCGUCGACCUGCUGCGCGACUCGGGUGCCUUCACGAUCGAGGAGGCGCGCGACUACCUCAGCUACGGCUUCCUCAACGGCAUCUUCACGCUCGGUCGCUCGAUCGGCUUCAUCGGCCACCACAUUGACCAGAAGCGCCUCAAGGCCGGUCUCUACCGCCACCCUGCGGACGACUUCCACAUCGAGAUGGCCACGCCCGCACGUGUCAUGGGCACUCUCAAGAAGUAA